UAUUCUCUGUGAUAUCAUCAAAUAAGGGUUCUUUAAUACCCAAAAUAGAUAUGUAAGAGUUACAUUUGGCGACACUGACGUAUUAAAUUUAAUAUUUUAUAAAAUACCUUUAUUUCGCACAAACAUAAACACAAACAUAACGAGGAAUCGCACAAACACAAUGCCCGGACUUGAAUUUUGAAUUUUUUGUGUAAAAUGUCGCAGUCUGACUCUCCAAGUUCGGAACUAUCUACUACGUUCAAUUCUGUUGACGACGAAUUGAAAUAUACAGAUAUUAUGUUCUCUUAAGGUGAUUGUAAAUAAAUGGGUGAAUAUAUUCAAAGACGAUCCGAAAAUUGGAAUGUUGAAAUUGUUUACGGUUUUAAUAGAAGAUUGUUUAAAUAUUAAAAUUUCAGCUACUGACCUUAAUGUUGAUGAAAUAUAUCAUCAAGUUAUAGAUUGUUUAAAAAUAAUGAGUUAUGAAAAGACAUUACAUUCGACUGAAUCAAUCAAAAAGUCAAUAUUUACAAAAAAAUCUUCUGAAUUUUUAAUCUUGGUUUUUAAAAAUUAUUCAAAUUUAUUUUUUUUAUCCAGUGAAAAUGUAAAAUAUUUCAUAUUCCUUGAAGAGAUUUUUUUAAAAAUGUCACUGUCGGAUAUUACGAGUUUAAGAUUUUUAGCAAUAAACUUUAGUCUAAAAAUUAUUACUGGAAUGCUGCAAUUUGAAUGUGGAGUUAUGUUAAAUAAUCAAAUUUCUAAGUUUUUGGAUGAAUUUGUAACAAAGAAAUUCAACGAUGUUUCUUAUAUAAUCAGAGAAGCUUUAUUGAUAGAACUAGAAAAAUGGAUUAAAAUCAAUCCCACAUAUUUUAUUAAUAAAUAUUGGACGAGUAUAUAUAUUACAACAGGUGACAAAAGUUUAUGCGUACAAAAAGUUGCACUGCAGAUUUGUAAAAGCAUCUUGGCUUUUCAUUCUAGUAAUCCAAAUAUCCAUCUCCUAGCUGAUAAAUUACUGCAAGUUCUCAUCAAUCUAUUACUUUCUAAAAACGAAGAAAUAGCUUUACUCGCUUAUAACAUGUAUGAAAUUUUACAAAAUUGUGAUACAAAUGAUGAACAUUUAUCGAAACUAGAAUCAAUAGCGUUAGAAUUAAUAUUUUCUGAAAACGUAAACAUUGCUCGUCACGCUGCACAACAUUUUGUGAUCAAUUAUGUAAAUAAACAAACAAAUUCAAUUGAUCGAUUGAAAUUUAUUUCAGUAUUUUUGAGCGGUAUUCCAGAAAAUGUACCUCCUAUUGUAAUAGCUUAUUUUGCUAAUGCGAUUUUUGAGUUCUGCGCUGAACUUCAGAAUUUUCAACUAUUUGCUGAAAUAUUAGAUAAUGAAAAUCAUCUAAAUGAAAAUGAAAAAUGUAUAAUGACAACUCUCUUUGUGUAUAUUGUCAGAAAGUUAAUAACCGGUAAUGAUCCUGAACAAAACUCUUGCUACAUUGGUUACACGAAAGACGUCAAAGAAAGUAAACCCGAUAACGAAAAAAAGAAAGAAUUUACUACUGUCAUGUUACCGUGCAUAUUAAAUCAAUUAAAGAACUGUAAAAAACCUACUUACGAAUUUUCCUUAUGGGCCCUAAUGCAGUAUAUUGAUUAUACUUGUAAUCUAUCGAUUUUGCAUGAUGUAUUAUUGCAAGUGGGUUCAUCAUUUUUCAAAUGGACUAUUCCUGGUUUACUAGAAUUGAUAUCGAGAAGUAUUUAUUUAAUGACUUUAUCCUUAAAAGGUCAAGAAUAUAAUCUCGUCAUAAAUAACCUAAAAAACUCAACUUAUAGAAUCAUUGAUGUUUUAAAAUCUGGAAUUGAAAACUCACAAGAUGACAUGUUAACUAGCAUUUCAUGUCAAGAAAUAUCUCUUAUACGAUUAUGGAGUCUAGCAAAGUACAAUAAGUUACCAGAAGAAAUUAAUUUAUUAGAGUAUUUAUCUUAUUAUAUACCAGAAAUGAAGGAUUCUCAAAAUAACUUAGUUUUUUCGAUGUUUGGAUUUUAUGCUUAUUUUGAAAUACUUAAGAGAAAUAUGAUAAAUGAAAUUGAUUUUUCAUUAGAAAAUUGCAUAGACCAUCAAUGUUUACAAUUUAUGGAAUCAAUGUUCAGUGUUUUAAAAUCUUUUGAUAAACAACUCUUUGAAUUAAAUGAAACGUCUUUUUUAAUUAUUGGAAAUUGUUUACAAGUCAGAAAAUCAAUUAAUAAACCAUUUGAUAUUAAUACUAAUCAAGAUCUCGCAUUAUCAAUGUUUAUUUACUAUGUAUGCGAAAAUCAUGAAUUAAAUGGUGAUAUUAAUACUGUCAAAUUGAUUGAAUUAUUUUUCCGUUUAAUUCAAGAACGUUUAAUAAAAAUUAGACACAUGGUAACUGUAAUGCAAUUUAUUCAAAAGGAUAUAUUUGAAAAAGCAUUGGGGCCAGUUUUUAAUUUUUUCUGUAACGCUGAAACUGGAAAUGAGUUAUGUCAAGUUAUUGAAAUAUUUUUAAUUUAUAUGUUUGAAAAUAUUAUAUGUCAGAGUGAAAAUUAUGAAAAUAUAACGUUUAAAGAUUUAGUGAUAAUGGCUUCAAAAAUAUCACAGCUUAUUAACCAGUGUACUGAUACUACAGGAAAACGAUUGGUAUCCACUAAUGUUCUUCGGCAUGGUAUUCAAUACGCAUUAAAUGAUACAUUAGAAUAUCCAUUUAAACAAUUUUUUUGGGUUCUGGCUUCUUUAUGUAAUUCGUUAACUUCAUAUGAUGCAGAAAAAUUAGCUGAUUAUUUUAUUGAAAAUCCAUAUAUAAAAGAAAUGAUUGAUAUUGGUGAGAAGCAUGUUUUAACUUUUUUAUAUAAAUUACGUGAAAAAUUCUCUGAAGAUGAUUCAUCAUCCGAUAAAACUUGUUAAAAAAUAUUUGUAAACAUUUUAAUUUCAAAUAAAAUUAUU